CAUGAUACAAGAUAAACUAAUAAAUUAUUCAUAAAAAUAAUAAUCAUGUACUAUAUAAUAUUCAAAUAAUAAUUAUAAAGAUAUUAGUGAGAUCUGUUGUCAAAGUUUUUAUCAUUUCGAUAAACUAUAAUUUGGUGAAGACGUAAAAACUUGUUCUGCAUAAAAAAGAAAUGAAUAUUUAAGAAAAUUUGUACAAGUGACUCAUACGAUACAGCAGGAUCAUCUUGGUUGUCAAGUGACAAAUAAAACAAUUUGUAAGUUAUAUAAAGAUUUAAUUUGAAAAAAGAAAAUAUUAAGAAAUUUGUAUGUGUUUUAUCUUCCUGUGGGAGGAAUAAAAAUUUAUUGAAACUAUCCGUAAUACUGUAUGACUUGUCAAUCAUUUAAGUAAAAAUACGAAAAUGGACGUUCUAACUAAACUAAGAAAUACUGUAAGCAAUACUAUUACUAAUACUGUUCAGAAUACAGCAUAUGGCCUUUCACAAUUAUCCAAUGUUCUACCUGGUAAUCCUGUAACUAGAGAAUUUGAAGUGACCGCUCAUAUAGCUAGUGCUGGACCAGGAUUAUUAUGGAAGAUUUAUAAUGGUUACAAAAAGUCAACGAAACAACCUGCUGCUAUAUUUGUAUUUGAGAAACGUAUUCUGGAAAGAUGGUCAUCAAAAACAGAUAGAGAACUUGUAUUAGAAACAUUAAAGCGAGGAAUAAUGCAGUUGACAAAAUUAAGACAUCCACAAAUAUUAACCGUUCAACAUCCACUUGAAGAAUCCAGAGACAGUCUUGCGUUUGCAACAGAACCAGUAUUUGCUAGCUUGGCUAAUGCAUUAGGUAAUAUGGAAAAUGUUCCCCAACCAUUACCAUCAAAUCUAAGGAAUUAUAAAUUACUUGAUAUUGAAAUACGUUAUGGACUCUUACAACUUGGCGAAGGACUUGCAUUUUUACAUGGUGACGUUAAGCUAUUGCAUAGAAAUUUAUGUCCUGAAUCAAUAGUUAUUAAUUCACAUGGAGUAUGGAAAAUAUUUGGUUUUGAUUUUUGUGCCUUGAAUCAAAGUACAGAUAGUAAACAGCCAAGUUGGACAUAUACAGAAUAUGAUCCUACUGCUCCAUCUGUAACAUGUCCUCAAUUAGAUUAUCAAGCUCCUGAAUGCAUAUUGGCAAGCAGUAAUAGUCCAUCAAGUGACAUAUUUUCUUUAGGCAUGUUAAUUUAUGUUAUACAUUCUCCAGAUAAUCGGCCACUUCAUGAAUCACAAAAUGAUUUGUCCAGGUGUAAACGUUUCUUAGAAAAUUUUAAAGGAUCUGCUGUGUCGUCUAAAUUAUUUUCAGUUCCAGAAAAUCUUAAAGAUACUACUAAACUAAUGUUAAGUCAUAGCCCUGAAUUAAGGCCAGAUCCUCAUCAAUUUAUUAAAAUUGAAUAUUUUAUGGAUAUUGGAGUAAAAACAUUGAAUUAUUUGGAUAAAUUAUUUCAAUGGGAUAAUCUUCAAAAGUCACAAUUUUACAAAGGUCUUCCAAAAGUUUUAAAACAAAUACCACAUCGUGUUAUACUUCAUAGAGUGUUACCAUCAUUGUAUAAAGAAUUGGUAAAUCCACCAAUGAUUCCAUUUGUAUUACCAAGUAUUUUGCAAGUUAUGGAAUCUUGUGAAGUAGAAGAAUUUAGAGAACAUAUUCUUCCUAAUUUAAAACCUGUUCUUGCAUUAGAGGAUCCACCACAGAUCAGUCUCGUGUUAAUGCAGCAAGUAAAUUUACUAUUAAAAUUGUGUCCUGCGGAUGUUAUUAAAAGUGAUAUAGUUCCUAUGCUUACACGCGCUUUAGAAUCAGGUUGGGAACAACUUCAAGAACUUUGUUUGACAGCAUUGCCAAAUACAGUAAAUAUGAUCGAAGGACCAGUUAUGAAAAAUGCGAUAUUACCUAGGAUAAAAAAGAUUUGUUUAAAUAAGAAAAGCCAAACUAGUGCAACUUUAGGAAUACGUGUUAAUUGUUUAUUAUGUCUUGCAAAAAUGUUACCAAGUUUUGACCGCUGGUUGGUUUAUGAUGAGAUAUUGCCACUUCUUCAAGAAAUUCCUCAUACGGGAGAGCCUGCUAUUUUAAUGGCUAUUAUAGGAAUAUAUAGAUUAUUAUUAACGCAUAGUAAAAUGGGCAUCAGUAAAGAAAUAUUAGCAACAAAAGUAUUACCAUUUUUAUUGCCACUAUGUGUAGAGCAAAAUCUUAGCUCGUCACAAUUUGAAACACUUUCUACAUUGGUAAUAGAUAUGAUUAAUAGAGUAACCACUGAACAUAGAGAAGCUCUUAAACAAUUAGACGCCGUAAGACGUGAGACACAACAAUUUGAAAAAGAAUUAUCAGCAGCAACACAAAUAACAUUCCCGCAGCAAAAUGUAUUAAACAAUAUCGAUGUAACACCACAGAAACCAUCUGCAAAUGUACUUAAGCAAUCUGCUGUUAUCGAAAAUGGAUUAACCAUGGAAGAAAAGUUGAGAUUGGCACAACAACAAGAAACUCAUCAAAGAUUACAAUCUCAAGAGCCAUUAACGCCAAAAGCAAUUUCAUCGACUCCCAAAGCACAACCUAAAGAUUUAACGGCAACGUUAUUGAAAAAUAAUUUAGAUGAAUUAAAUUUAUCUGCAUCUAAGUCGCCAAAUACUCAUUCAAAUUACAUUGGUCAAAAUUUAAAUGCAACGUGGAAUAAUCAUAAUGCAAAUCAAUUAAAUUCACAAUUAUUGACAUCACCGAUGUCAAGUCAAAUGAUGAAUUGGACCACGAAAAAUGUAGCUUCACCUAUUAAUUGGAAUUCAACUCAACAAACUUCAUGGAACAUGAUGACGUCUCCUAACAAUUUAAAGUCAAGUUGGACAUCACAGAAGACGGAAUUUACAAAGAUGGCAGAAUAUGGGUCAAAAGUUAAUUCUGAAAUACUUCAGCCAAUGACUUCACAACCUAAUUUACAAACACAAGCAAAAACGAAUUUGUCUAAUCAAGAUAUUAUGGACCUACUUAGUUAGUGAAUAGAAAUUAUGUGCAAUAUUAAAUUCACGAUUAGAAUUUAUCAGUUGAUCUACAAUUUUAAUACAUUUCAAUGAUCUUUCAUUAAAG